GAUACACUGACAGAGACAGUCUCUUGCAAUCUGUGGAGUUUUGUUUUCUUCGCUCAGCUGCAGCUGAGAGUUUAUUUUCAUUUAAUCAAUAGUCAGUCUAAGCUAAUUACUGAUCAAAAUUCAGGGAACCUGCAGAUCACCAAACAGAGGGGAGGACUCAGAUCAGCAGCUGGACGGUUACAAAAGUCAAAAAAAACCCCUCCAUCGUUGGAAAGUUCGGACGGCAUCUGUGUCUUCGGAGAUGGAGUGUCUCUGUGUUCUGAGUGUGCUCAGUAUGUUUGUCCUGUCGCUGUGGGAGGAGUCAGGCUGCAAGGCAAUGACCCUGAACUCCAUCCUCCUCCCUCAGGUGUCAGGAGGAGCAGCAGCAGCAGGAGGUGUCCUCUCCCACCACAGGAGAAGGAGGAGCUGGGUAUGGAACCAGUUCUUCGUCCUGGAGGAGUACACCGGAGAUGAGCCGCUGUACGUGGGGAAGCUCCACUCUGACGUGGAUAAAGGUGACGGUCAGGUGAGGUACAUCCUGAUGGGAGAAGGAGCAAUGUCCAUCUUCACCAUUGAUGAGAACACAGGAGACAUCCACGCCACAAAAAGGCUGGACCGAGAACAGCAGGCAUACUACACCCUGAGAGCUCAGGCUCGAGACCGAAAUACCAACCUACUGGUUGAACCUGAGUCUCAGUUCAUCAUCAAAGUCCAGGACAUCAACGACAAUGAGCCCAAGUUCCUUAACGGACCAUACACCGCCAGAGUAGCUGAGAGGUCUCCUGUAGGUACAUCCGUGGUGACGGUGAUGGCAACAGAUGCUGACGAUCCAACUUAUGGAAACUCUGCCAGACUAGUUUACAGCAUCCUGCAGGGUCAGCCAUACUUCUCUGUGGAGGCAAAGACAGGUGUGGUGCGUACAGCUCUGCCUGACAUGGAUCGGGAGGUGCAAGACCAUUACCUGUUGGUCAUCCAGGCCAAAGACAUGAUUGGUCAGCUGGGAGGUCUGUCCGGAACCACCUCCUUUACUGUGACGCUGACCGAUGUCAACGACAACCCACCUCGCUUCCCCCGCAAGAGUUACCAAUUCAGUGUUCCAGAGUCUGUAGUAGUGUCAACUGUGGUCGCUAAGAUCAAAGCUCUGGAUCUGGAUAUUGGUCCAAACGCUGAGAUGGACUACAGGAUCCUGGACGGAGACGGACAGGGAACCUUCAGGAUCCUCACUGAUCCAAAUACACAGGAAGGACUGGUCAUCCUGCACAAGACACUGGACUUUGAGACCAAGUCCAGCUACACUUUGCGCGUCGAGGCAUCCAAUCGUUAUGUGGACACCCAUUUCCUGUCUGUGGGUCCGUUCAGCGACAUGGCGACGGUUCGUCUGCUGGUGGAAAACGUGGACGAGCCUCCAGUAUUCUCCUUUUCUGUCAGUCAGAUGGUGAUCUCUGAGGCAGCUGCAGUAGGAACUGAUGUGGGAUCAGUUUCAGCUCACGACCCCGACGCCACCAACAGUCCUGUCAGGUACUCCAUAGACAGGAGGUCAGAUGUGGAUCGUUACUUUAACAUUGACAGUAGCUCAGGUCUGAUCAGAACAGACCGACCUCUGGACCGAGAGAUCGUUGCUGUGCACAACAUCACUGUCCUCGCCACAGAGAGCCUGGAUCGUUCUCAGGUGGGGAAAGCUGUGGUUCUGGUUUCUGUGACGGACGUUAACGACAACCCUCCGAGAUUCGCCAUCGAGUACCAAAUGUUCGUCUGUGAGAACACCAAACCUGGACAGAUCAUUGAGACACUCAGCGCUGUGGACCGAGAUGAACCAGAGCACGGACAUCACUUCCUGUUCUCUCUGACCACCGAGGCUCCUGGGAAUAUCAACUUCACCCUGAGGGACAACAAAGACAACACGGCGUCCAUCCUGACUCGGCAUGGUGGUUUCCUGCAACGGGAUCAGUUGGUUCACUUUCUGACUGUGGUGAUUUCAGAUGGCGGCAAUCCGUCUCUCAGCAGCACCAACACACUGUCCGUCACCGUCUGUGACUGUGACCUCGAGGGACAUCGACGCUCUUGCAGCUGGGGUGCGUCACCGCUGCUGGUGGUCAGACUGAGCACUGCUGCCACCGCUGCCGUCCUCACCUGUGUCCUUACACUGCUGGGUGCUGUCAUGGUAAUGGUUGCCAUCAGACACAGGAGGAGGGAGCCUCUGAGGAUGAACGAUGAGCGAGACAUUCGUGAGAACAUUGUCCGUUAUGAUGAUGAAGGUGGAGGUGAGGAGGACACCGAGGCCUUUGACAUGUUCACUCUGAGACACCUGAACCAAACAAAUAAAACCCGCCGAGACCCCGACAUCCACCCGCCAGGACUCCCCAGAACACCAGAGUCCCGGGCAGGGAAAAACCUGCUGUUCAAGGAGUUCAUCGGGGACAGACUGCAGGAGGCAGACCUGGACCUGACAGCUCCCCCCUACGAUUCUUUGCAGACCUACGCCUUCGAAGGCAGCGGGUCAGCUGCUGAGUCACUCAGCUCAUUAAACUCAUUAGACUCGUUAAAUUCGUUAAACUUUUUAGAGUCUGAGCAGAACUACAACUUCCUGAGAGAGUGGGGGCCGAGGUUCAGGAAGCUGGCAGACCUCUACGGACACAACGAGGGAGGGGGGUUGCCUCAGAGUCCUCAAUCUGCAGGGACCAGAGAAGACUACAGGAGGCGCUGUGACAGGUGUGUUGAACCAGCAGGUACAGGUCGCAUGGUUAAUGUGGGGACUAUCUGUUUUCAUCCGUCACCUGUAUCUGAUUUGCCUGAGCCGGAUCUGGAACAGGAUCGAAUCUAAUUCAGGAUUAGAUGUGGAUAGGAUCAGAGUCAAGCCUCAGACCAGCAACUCUGGGGUUGCUGCCUUGCCCCUGAUACCCAACAUGCAUUUCUGUGGUGUUGGAGGAUAAGGGAACACAAACUCAGUCAGAUCAGACAUUUUUAAAACAAAGGAUCCUCCCUCAAGUUUGCCAUUUUUGUAGUCCAAACAGAAACAGAAUUAUUCAGUGUUUCUGAAAACAAAGUCAGGAGAGUGUCACUUCAUGUGACACUGUUGUGGUUCUUUUACAGGUUAAUCUGUUGUAUGUGGUCUAACUGGUUCAUUUGGUUUAUCUUGUGGUUCUGGUGGUUCUCAAAGUAAAACCUCCUCAGACCCACUGAAUUCAGAUCUGUUCUUGGUUUAACUCAGAAAACCGGUCAAUAAUAUUACAAUAAUUUGAAUUUUGAUUUUUAAAGAGGUCAAAACUUCUGCAACACUUUUAGAAUAAAGAAAAACUUUGCUUCUACUCUACAAUAUGGAUUAUUGAUUGUGGAUCCAAAUGUGUCUAUAAGCAGGAGGUCAGAUUGAAACAGCUGCUUGACAAUCUUCAUCAUCAUGAAAAUGUGCAUGAAACUUAAUGUUUUAACCUUUUAAACAAAAUGUUUUAAUUUUUUUCAUAUUAAAAGCUGAAACCUCCUCAAACACUCAGACCAUGGUGUCACAUGGUCUGUGAUUUCACGGGUGUCUGGAGAGAUAUUCAGGAAUGGGCAUGAUGCUGGUUUGUGGAUCUGAAAGCUCCAAAGACAAACAGCAUAAGAUGGUUUCUGAUGUUUUAGUCUCUGGCAGUCAGAAAGGAAAAGAAGACAUAGACUAAGUAAAUCCACCAGCUAACACCCUGAAACACUGCUCGGUAACCACAAACUCACCAAGAACACCAACUGUCACAUGAUCUUCUACCAAAAUAAACAUGGGGCAUUUGAGCAAAAAGGGACAAAAUGGGAGGAAAAAACUCAGAGUUUGGUGGGACCCUGGAUGGGGGGUGUGGAGGACUGUAGAGCCUACGGUAGGACCUGGAACUGAGCGAACCAAGCUGUUUAUUUACCUGUAUGUCUCCCUUCGGCAACACACAGGUGACAUCAUCAGUGACCAACGACGGUCACAGAUAUCAAACACGAUUUAAAAAAUUUGUAGGAGAUGGACUGAAGACCAGAGUCUUUACAUAUCACACACUAUAGGAUUUUAUCUAGAGACUGUCAGUACCAACUUACCCAGACUGGAACAGACUGGAACAGACCGAUUGACCCGAGUGACCCAAAAUGGACCAGUCCGACUGACCAAGACUGGAACAGACCCAGACCCUGACUGAAACAGACCAGCUGACCAAGACUGUCUUUAUGCUCAAGGCUGAAGUAAACAAAACUCACAGGCACUGACAGAACCAACACAGAUUGACAAACAUAAACUUCGCCUGAGUCUGAAUCCAAAAGGUAAAGAUUCUGUUUGUGUCUCUGUCAUCUGAUAACCCUGUAAACAGGUUAUAUUAAAGUUUUUCACAGUGUCACCACCUGCUGCUGUUUGAUUAUCAGCUGCUAGAGAUUGAACACCUGACAACUCAUGAGUCACCUGACCUCUGUUUUACCUGGUUAACUAUGUAACAGGCAGUACGUCAACAAACAGAACUCAGCCACUGUUUACCGCUCAGGUAAAUAUGGUACUACUAUGAAUACGACGUCCACAAAUAAUAAUAAUAACUACAACAGCAAGAAGUAUAAUAUAAAAAUGGGUUUGAAUAGAGAGAGGCUAAGUGGAGAGUGGUAACUUAUUGUCUGAACCAGUGUAAAAACACAAAAGCGAUGUGUGUUGACUUUAACGCUGGUGUCCUCCUAAAUCACGGGGGUAGCAGUUGCUUCCAGUUGUAAACAUUUUAAAGUGUAACAAACAACCUGUUAGCCCACUUGAACACUUUAACGCAGGGUUAUUUUAUGUCUUUACUUGUUUUAAGCGCAUAUUUUAAGGUGCAUACGCAUUUGCGUGAACCCUGCCUGCUGGCUUGCCACAGGUAAAGGAGCCGGGGCCCGGGCAGAGCUGAGGUGUGACCGGCUGAGACAGCUCACGGUAAAUCAUCUGUUUUAUCUGAGCUGUUUACAGAUCUGAUUUUUCUGUAAUAAAACCAAACCUCCAUCUCUUUGUCUUUUAGAUGUAAUAGUUUUAUUUUCUUAUAUUAUUCUAAGUUUUAUUUUAACUGUGUGUUCAGAGCUUUCUUACAGCGCUGAUGUUUAUAGAACAAAAAAUCUAUAGAAAAUAAAAGUUGUGAAAAUAAAAUGACUCUGAGUUUCUUUUUUUAAUAUUGUAAUUAUUAUACCUGUGAUGCAUGUUGACAUGAGAUGUGUAAAGGAUUCAUACUACUGAGUUUUAUACAAAGGCAUGGUUAU